AUGCACUUCUUCACCUGUUUAUUAUCAUUUCUAUUGAUCUCGCCGCUAAUUACAGUAUGUAAUGCUGAACCAAGUUCACUUCCGGUCCAAAGAUUUGAUGGUUAUUUUAACAAUGAACAGAGACCGGAAGUAGGCAGUGCAGGUCGGCAUAUAGCUAGAAAUAUUACCACGAAUUAUAGAGACCAUACUUACUUCCCCUCGGGAUGGGACAGACCCAACCCUCGCAGUAUUUCGAAUAUUUUAUUUAAGGGUCCGACGGGGCUGCCUUCCUACCAUCGCAGAUCGGCUCUAUUCAGUUUCUUUGGUCAGUUUGUCAUGAGAGAAGUACUGGAUACAGACGACACGACCUGCCCUGUCGAAGUUAUCCAGACCCACGUUCCACGCUGUGACCCCGACUUCGACCCUGAUUGUCAUGGUAACCAGGUGAUGCCGUAUGAAAGAUCGGCGUAUGAUAAAAGGACUGGACAAUCUCCAAAUAACCCAAGAAAACAGAUAAACAAAGCGUCGUGUUUUAUAGACGGUAGUGUAGUAUAUGGAACUAAUGCAGUUCGUAGUUCCUACCUACGAGAACCAGGUACAGGAAAACUCUACUGUGAAGAUAUCUGGGGGAAAUUCCCUAAACUAAACGAUGUACAAAUGGCUUUUACUAAUUUCCCUGGACAAAAACAUAAAUAUAAAGAUCAGUCAAAACUCUGGAGAAUGGGAGACACACAUAUCUACGAGAAUCCAGGACUUCUGUCUCUAGGUCUGGUAUUCUUUCGUUACCAUAACUACCAAGCCGACCAGAUUAUGUUGAAGAACCCCCAGAUGUCGAAUAAUGAAGUAUUUGAACGAGCGAGAAGAUGGGUCAUCGCAACUUUACAGAAAAUAAUCAUGUAUGAUUGGUUGCCAUUGUUACUGAAUGAGAAUGUACAGAAUUAUACAGGUUAUAAACCUCGGGUACAGAGUGAAGUAACAGAUAUAUUUGACGCAGCCGCAAUACAAUACAUCCAAACACUGAUACCACCAGCCAUAUACCAACGUACCAAUAAAUGUGAAUUUCUGAAAGUAGGAAAAUCCAAGGCUGGUAGAUUAUGCAACUCUUAUUGGGACUCGAAGGACGUAGUAAACGUUAAUGGUUUAGAGAAGAUUUUAUUAGGUUUAACAUCUCAGAUAGCAGAACGAGAAGACCAUGUUAUAGUCGAGGAUCUGAGAAGUAAAUUUUACGGUCCGUUGUUCUACUCCCGACACGACUCGGCCAUGUUGACCAUAUUGAAAGGUCGUGAUUACGGGCUACCUGAUUAUAAUACAGCUCGUGUUAAGAUGGGAUUAGAACCAAUCAAAAACUGGACUGAUGUUAAUCCGGAGCUGAAUUCUACUCUGAUAUCUGAAUUAAAGAUGCUACACCACGAUAAAUUAGACAAGAUUGAUAUAUUUACUGGUGGCUUGUUAGAAACGACUAGAAACGGACCCGGAGAACUCUUCCGUCAUAUUAUUAUAGAUCAGUUUCUACGGUUACGUGAUGGGGAUCGAUUCUGGUUUGAAAAUAAACAAAAUGGUAUAUUCAGUGAGGAAGAAAUUAAAGAAAUCCACAAGAUAACUUUAAACAAUGUUAUUAUAUGGACUAGUAAUGAAAUAGAAGCUGAACAUUUAGAUCGGGAUGCUUUCACUGUGUCCAAGGAUCAUCCGUGUCCCCAACCAGAACAGUUAACAGAAGAUCAACUAGACGAGUGUCCUAAACAUGUAGGAUAUGAUUUUUUCUCGGGCAGUGAAAUACCUUAUAUUAUAAUCUGGACUUGUAUGGGACUGAUUCCUAUUGCGUGUAUCCUAGUAGCUGUUAUCCUGGCUAAAAUUAAGAAAUGGAAACAUAAACAGAAUCUCAAGGAGGCAAAAUUUGAGAUGGAAAGGAAGAGAGUUUUACGUAGAACAUUAUCUAAUAGCAUAGUAGUCCAUGAUACAUGUGAAUGGCGAUGUAAGAAAGAACCCUCCAGGAAUAUAGAGCUACAUCUAACAUCUAAAGGUUCCAUCGAGAUCUUCAGUUUAUCAGGAUCACAUCUUCGCUGUAUUAAACUGGUAGAACAUAUGACCAUGACUAUAUAUCUUAGUAUAAACAAAGGCAGCAAUGUUAUGUUAAUACAGAUACCUAAAGAAUACGACUUGAUACCUAAAGAAUACGACUUGAUACCUAAAGAAUACGACUUGAUACCUAAAGAAUACGACUUGAUACCUAAAGAAUACGACUUGAUACCUAAAGAAUACGAUCUGGUAUUGGUGUUUAACAGCGAAUUAAAUCGAAACGUUUUUGACGAAGAUUUAAGUCAGUUUUUAGCCAGUUACGAGAUUGAAACCGACUUGAAGGAGAAGAAACUAAAAGAUAUAUAUUCCAUGGCCAUGACGAAAGAAAAACGAAACAAACAGCUUGAGAAAUUCUUUAAAACUGUUUUUACUGAGGCGUUUAAACUGGAUUACGACCCAGCAUUUGAACAGAAUCAGUUAGAUAUGAAAACACAGAGUAAAGAAAUUCUAGAGAUGGAAUUAUCUAAGGAAGAGUUUGCCGAAGCUCUAGCAGUAAAACCAGACAGUGAUUUUAUCAACCAUUUCUUCAGUUUAAUAGACGCUGAUAGAAACGGUUAUAUUUCAUUCCGAGAAUUUCUACACGCUGUAGUUCUCUUCUCGAAAGGUUCCUGUCAAGAUAAGUUACAGACGAUAUUUUAUAUGUACGAUGCCGAGGGAAGUGGUCGAAUGAACAGAUACAAUGUCUGUAAAAUGUUCUCAUCUCUGUUAGAACUAGCUCAGAGUAACGUUGAACAAGAUGAAGUCGAGGAGCUGGUCGAUUCGUUAUGUGAUAAAGCUGGCGUCGCCUCCGACCAAGACCUCUGUUUCGAGAACUUCUGUCAAAUAUUUGCCCCUCAGAUGGAUAAGUUGUGGAAUGCCUCGAUUGAUUGGAAAGGAUGUAAAGAUCAUCUCCCAUCUCAACCUAAAUCUAAAGACAGAAAACAAUCUGAAGGAGAAAUAAGGCACCGUCAUUCAGUCCCGAACGAGAAAAAUAACGCCUCGUUUAAAAACUUUACUCAAGUAUCAGUUCGGGAACAUUAUACACCAUUUAAAGCCAAGGUGAAGGUCAUCAAACAUUUUAUAGAGAAUUAUCGUCAACAUAUAUUUUUCCUGGUUUUGGUGUUUGGGAUUGUGUUGGGAUUGUUUGCUGAACGAUUUUAUUAUUAUACAGUAGAACGAGAACACAGUGGGUUAAUGAGAUUAAUGUCGUAUGGUAUCAGUAUAACUCGCGGUGCGGCGGCUGCCAUGUCCUUCACCUUCUCCUUGCUGUUACUCACAAUGUGUCGGAAUACCAUCACCUAUCUCCGCAGCACCUUCCUUAAUAUGUUUAUACCAUUUGAUUCUCAUAUCUCAUUUCAUAAGGUUAUAGCUUGGACUGCUCUCUUCUUUAGUGGUCUACAUGUAAUUGGUUACAGUUUUAAUUUUUACCAUCUUGCUACUCAACCCACCAAGUUUCUGUGUAUUUUUGAUAGUAUCGUGUUCCGAGCUGACAAAUUACCGACCUUCAGUUUCUGGUUAUUUGGCAACAUGACAGGAUUUACUGGUGUUUUAUUAGUCGUUGUUUUAUGUAUCAUGUAUGUUUUCGCCACCCAAACAGCUAGAAGUCAUAUCUUCAAUUUGUUCUGGUUGACUCAUAAGUUGUUUAUCAUCAUGUACGUUCUGGUCAUUCUACAUGGAGCCUCCAUCAUCGUCCAGAAACCAUUAUUCUUCGCCUAUUUUAUUGGUCCUGCUGCCUUGUUCACUCUGGAUAAAAUGAUCAGCUUGAGUCGUAAGAAAACAGAAAUUAAUAUUGUUAAAGCCAUCAACCUUCCUUCAGAUGUGACAAUGUUGGAAUUUAAACGACCCCCGAAGUUUGAGUAUAAAUCUGGCCAGUGGGUGAGGAUCGCGUGUCUGUCUCACGGUAGUAACGAAUAUCACCCCUUCACCCUGACGUCUGCCCCUCAUGAGGAUACCCUGAAGGUCCAUAUUAGGGCACUGGGACCCUGGACGUGGAACAUUAGACAGACUUUUGAUCUCGAGAAUCUUAAAGAUAACCCUUAUCCUAAGUUAUUUUUAGAUGGACCAUACGGUGCAGGUCAACAAGAUUGGUAUCAAUAUGAGGUAUCUCUAUUAGUUGGUGCUGGUAUUGGUGUUACACCUUAUGCUUCCAUUCUUAAAGACUUCGUUCACAUGACCUCCAUCAAAAAUACUUACAAGGUCAAAUGUCAGAAGCUAUAUUUUAUUUGGGUAACGGGAAGUCAGAGACAUUUUGAAUGGUUGAUAGAUAUUUUACGAGAAGUAGAAGAGAUAGACGAGAGAGGGAUGGUCUCUAUUGAUAUCUUUAUUACUCAAUUCUUUCAAAACUUCGAUCUAAGAACCGCCAUGUUGUAUGUAUUUGAAGAACAUUUCCAGAAGAUGACUGGUGGUAAGAGUGUUUAUACUGGAUUGAAGGCUACCACUCAUUUCGGCCGACCACAACUCAAUAAUAUCAUGACGGCUGUUAACAGAGCUCAUCCUAUGACGCGUAAGAUUGGAGUAUUUAGUUGUGGACCACCAGGGGUAACUAAAGGUGUUGAACGAGCCUGUGUAGACGCCAGUAAAUCAACUAAAGCUAUAUUUGAACAUCAUUAUGAAAAUUUCUAAACAGUGUUGGACAUUGUGACACUUUGUAUGGAAUUGGUGCUAUUUCAAAUAAUUCCUAGAAAAUAAUUUGACAAUGUUUGUUGCUUCUUACGUCAAAAUUGAUAUCUUCAGAAUAACAAUGGAGGUGAUUUAUUUAAUACUGAAACCAGAAUUAUUGUGCUUUAUUGCUUACGGCUUUUGAAUACUGGCGAAUUUCCCGUGAUCAUCAAUAUGUUGUCCCAUACGCGCACCCGUGCACGUUGCUUCUGUCAAACAAGAAGAGUUUUAUAUUAGAUGUGAUGAAAUGUCUUUAUUCAGCUUUGUUUUUAUUAUUGUAUGUACGUCAUCAGAAGAAAAGGCUACUUUUCCAAGC